AUGCCGUCCCUUCAAGAGAGCAAAUUGGCCUUUAUCGGCGGUGGCAACAUGGCCUCGGCCAUCAUUGGCGGCCUGGUCAACAAGGGCGUCAAGAAGCAGAACAUCUGCGUGUCCGAGCCGUGGGAGGUUAAUCGUGAGAAGAUGGCCGCUCUCGGUGUUCGCACUACCACCUCCAACGUCGAAGCUGGCGGUGAUGCCGAUCUGAUUAUCAUUGCUGUCAAGCCUCAGGUUACAAAGAGUGUCUGCCAGGAGCUCGGUGCCGCUUGGUCUCCUCGCGCCACCUUGCCCGUUGUUGUCAGCAUCGCGGCUGGUAUUACCCUCGAUAGCUUGAAGGAUUGGCUGAAGACCGAUGACGGUCGUACUGCGCACACUGUGCGCGUCAUGCCCAAUACCCCUGCCCUGGUUGGUGAGGGUGCUUCCGGUGUUUUCGCCAGCGAGGAUGUCACCGCCGACGAGAAGGAUCUUGUCAAUGCUAUGCUCGGAAGUGUCAGCAAGGCCACCGAGUGGGUGGACCGCGAGGAGCUUCUCGAUGUUGUCACUGGUCUGUCUGGAUCUGGACCCGCCUACUUCUUUGCUAUGGUUGAGCAUUUGGUCGCAAGUGCCACUGCUCUCGGUCUCUCCGAAGAACAAGCAACUCGCUUGGCUACACAGACUUGCCUUGGAGCUGGCAAGAUGCUUGUGGAGAGCGACGAUACUCCUACUCAAUUGCGCAAGAAUGUCACUAGCCCCAACGGUACUACACAUGCCGCGCUUCAGACAUUUGAGUCUCUCAACUUCAAGGAGACUGUCGACAAGUCUGUUCAGGCUGCCACUUCCCGGGCUGCUGAGCUUGGAAACACCCUUGCGAAAUAA